UGCGCCGUUUGUCGUCACCAUAGAAACCGCUAUGGCGUCUAUGGCGCAAGGUAAACUAAAGUUCUGAAGCUAUAAUUUGUUAUAAAUAUAACAAUUAAACGACAGUAAACACGGUAACUAGCAAAAUUUGCCUUCUAAAAGCGAAUCUGGUAUGGAAGAUGCCAAACUGAAAGAGGAAAAGUUGGAGAUAGAGGAGGAGAAGAAAGAGGAGGAGAUGGAACAGAAGGAGGAGGAGGAGGAGAAAGAGGGAGAGGACGUAGGCCCGAGAAUGUUGCAGGAACUGGACCAGACUCUAGGCAAAAUGCAAAUCAAUUUCUCGGCUCCCCACCAGUCAGAGCCGAAGCCUAAAGUAGACCCGUCUGAAUGUCCUCCCUCGUAUAGCGAGAACUCGGCUGAAGAGAAGCUGAUGUUGUCCAUAGCGGAAAACUUCCACACUCAGUACUCCUACCUGUACCCCGACCGCAAACCACUGUUACUCUUCCCAGUCAAUGAAGUUGGAGUGCAGAAGUUUGUGAGCACCACGCUGCGGCGUACGCUUAUACCCUGUCCCGAGGUGUAUGACUGGCAGGGAUGUGCCAGUUUCAUCGCCGACUUUCUGACUUUGGAGAGCUUGGAUUGUCUGACUGAAGUGCCGAAGCAGCUCUGCUCUUCGACGUGGGUGGUGCAAACCCGGAGAGGCACAUGUUUCGAGUACUCCACCUUGCUCUGCAGUUUAUUGCUAGGCGCAGGCUACAACGCCUUCUGUGUUAGCGGCUAUGCAGUCAAAGAGAUGUGCUUGAUCGAUCUGAGCCACCAGGAAUGUCCACUUAUUAAACCUCAGGACACGGUGAAAGGGAAGUCACCUGAGAAGGAGGAGGAAGUGCAGAAGUACAGGGUGAAACCUGCAAGAGAACUGAAAAGCACCUUUAAGCAGCGUCAGGAGGAGAAAAAUCAGCAAGAGGGACGCCCACCGCUUGCCGAACAGCAAAAUGCUGAGAGUCUAAAGGAGGACCGUCCCUCAGAUCCACUACAUGGCCAACGGGUUCACAGCUGGGUUCUGGUUCUAGCAGGGAAACGUGACAUAUCAAAGAACUUCUUCAUCGACCCGCUCUCUGGCCAGAGCUUUCCUACAUCCAGCUCAUGUUUCCUCGGCAUCGAGAGCAUCUGGAACCAUGAAAACUACUGGGUCAACAUGCAGGACUGCCGCUCCGGUUGUACGGGGAUGACAUUUGACCUGCGAGAUGAUCUAACAUGGGAGUACAUGUUGUGUGGCCCAAGUAGCAGUUCAUCAGUUGCCAGUCCUGACAUAGAGGAUGAAGAACAAGACGAGCAAGAUGAUGAGGAGACAGAAGAGCUUGAUCUUUUUAAGAUGCCCCGGUCUUGGGUUACACAAAUCCACAUCUCAGAAGAAGAUAUGGAAAGUCGUUUCCCUGGUGGGUCGAAGCUUAUCCGUUACAGGAAGGCCACGCUGGAGAGAUUUUCCCCUUACCUUCUGAAAGAUGGAUUAGUCACAAGACUGACUACUUACGAUGACCUGGAAUACACUCAGCCCAACACAGUGAAGGAGUGGUAUAAAAGCCGACAGGAUAAACUCCAGGAGAGGGAACUGAAGAAAGCUUCCAAUGUCACUACCGAGCAUUUCUCACCAGGAAAGAGCUUCUGUCUAAAAACUCACAGGUACAAUCUCCAGGUCCCUGAGACUGAGCGUUUCAUGGAGUUCUACAGUAAAAUACGAGAUGACAACUUGGUCACUAGACUCAAAACACAUGAGGAGAUGACCGAGACGUUUCACGGCCGCCUGGACUUUCUCUAUUAUCGACACGUCAUUUACAGACCUUUGGAGCUGGCACAAAAACAUGGAGUUCAGCGACCCAUUCAGAAAAUUGUAGUGAAAUUCCAUAGAGAUCAAUCCAAACCAGCCAGCAGUGAUGUGGCCGAGCUAAUAUUCCAGAUUUCGCAGAAUAAAAUCGAGGUUAUGUAUCAUCUAGAGGACGACAGAAUCACUCCAAAUUUUGACAUCUUUGAAAAACCUUCCAAACCUGAUGACCCAAUUUCAGACAAGAUGUGCUCCAGCUUUCAGGUGACAGAUCUGCUUGAAAAAAACUCUCCGAAACUGAACAUGCACCAGACCUUUGAGUUACUAAUGGAGAUGGAGGAGAAAACGUUAACCAGUAUCAAGGCCUCUGAGAAAGAAGUGAGGGACAUCCUUGAGGUAAGAGACCAGGAGGAAAGUGACAUUGAGAUGAAGAUCUCCUUUUAUGACAUGGCCAGGAAUGAGAAGGCACGCCAGCAUGUGGAAACUCAGAAACAACUGGCCCAAGAGAAGCAACAGAAGAAAGAAUUCAAGAAUUUGGACAUCUUGGCUUCAUUCCUGGCUCAGUGGGGCGACCCGGAGACCCUGACCAAGCAGCAGGCGGUGCAGAUCCAUGCGAACUGUCUCGAACAUCUAAAGCAAAGAUCUGUAGACAUGGCCAACCGCAUUCAAGCUCGAUAUGAAAAGGAAACCGAGGAGCUCCAGCAGAAGCAGCAUUGGUACCAGAAGAACCGGUUCAACUUGACCAAACAGGACGAGGAAGAGUAUUUGGCCUACUGCUCAGAAGCCAUGUUCAGGAUCAGAAUUCUGCAGCUGCGUCUCAGCCGACACAAGGACAGCAGUCCACAGAAGUAUGUGUCCCUGAACAAGAGGCUGAGAAAAGACUCCAGACUGAUGCUGCACCUGGUCACACCCCAGAACUAAAAGUGCAGCCUGAUUCAGUUCCACUAGGAUACUGAUUUAUUCUAUUAGCAUUGUGCAUCAUUUCUGCUCACUCCGACUCUGUGGAGGAGGAAAUCUCAUCCCCGGAAUAAAGUGCAUCAGAUACACUAA